UCAUUAUUUAUUUACGUGAUGAUGUUUUGUCUGUCUUUAUUUCUUCUUUUUAUUCCGUGGAUUGUGUGAGAUGGUGUGUUAAUAUUAUGCUCCAUGGUAGGCUUCAUCAAGUGCGGUGUGUGGCGUCUAGCUUACAUUGUGUGUGACGAAAGUGAGGUUUGAUUCGCUUUUGUGAGGCGAGAUCGCUACCAGCAUGAUAUCUUGACUACCCUGAUCUUGACGCCCCACGUAAAAAAAAAAAAAAUCCCUGCUGGAUCUGCUACGUCCUUCCUCGCCAAUCUCCACUUCCGGAACACACCUCGGAACGCACACAAACAAACGCAUCUGUGACUUCCUUUAAGGCCCUUUCGAACCAAGAUGGGCUGUGUCGGGGGGAAAGAGGCCCCGGCCCACCACCACCACCACCACCACGACUCGGGCGGGGGCGGUCCUCAGUUCGUGCACGCUCCGGUUCACGCCGGAUACGAUCCCGGGUACGGGUACAACUCUGGGUACAACAACCACCACGAUGUAGACUCGCACAAGAAAAAGAAGAAGAAGAAGAAGAAGAAGGUGCACAAGCGGGACUCGAUCAGCGGCAUCUCCUGGGACUCAAUCAUGAGCUGGUUCUCCAACGACAGCUACGACCACCACCACCACGUCUCUCAGGACAUCCAUGUGCAUCAGCACCAGCACGUGCACAUCGUCAACGAGACCAUCAUCGUUGUGGACGACGACGGCAACGAAGUCUCCGAGGAGCCACAACCGGAUGCGCCGGACGGACAGGGCGCGCAGCCUGAGCCGGAACAGGAAGCAGCCCCGGAACCGGAGGCCGAACCGGAACCGGAACCAGAACCGGAGGCCGAACCGGAACCGGAAGAAGAGCCGGAACCGGAAGAAGAGCCAGAACCGGAACCUGAAGAGGAGCCAGAACCGGAACCAGAAGAAGAAUGUGAGGAACCGGAAGAAGAACCAGAAGAAGAACCAGAAGAAGAACCAGAAGAAGAGUAUGAGGAACCGGAAGAAGAGUAUGAAGAAGACUGUGGAGAAGACUAACAUGGAAACAAUAUUGUUGUUUUGUGUUCUCGUCACUGCUCGUUGUGCUGUUUUCCCCGAUAACAGAAACCAACAGCUCAAAUUACAGACAGCUCCACGGGAAGAGAGAAGGACAGAACAGGAACCGUGGCUCGACUCACAACCAAAUGUUGUUGAUAUUCAAUCGGGAUGUCACGACCAGCGUUUAGUAACGAUUUCACUUCGCAAUUAUUCUGGAUUAUUGGGUUGCUGCCUUUUUAAAGAUAUUUUCUGUUAAAAAUGUAGCGGUUUUCUUUUGUUGUAUUGUUUUUGUGUGGGUUUUUUUUUUUUUUUUUUGGGGGGGGGGCAUUUUUUCUUCAAGAUCAAGUAGAUCUAGAAUUAUUGUAAGUUAAAAAAAGAAUCUCAAUUGAGUUAAAUUCUUUGGGAGUUUGUUGGGUUUUUUUGUUUUGAUGGAGACAGAUUCUUGGAAGUUUGGGAUUUAAAAAAAAAAAUUGUUUUUGAUCAAGUUAGGUUCUUGGAAUGUUCCUGUAUUAGUGUAAGUUUACUUUCCAUAUUAUUAUGUCGAAGUUGGAGGCUGGGCAAUGUGGAAAAUGUUAGACUACUUUUUCAAAGAACAAGUCACUGGAAAA